AUGCGUCUUGUAAAUUUUUUAUUCAUAACUAUUCUUCUUAUUUCAAUCGCCAACUUUGUCCCAUCAAUCAACAAAGGAAGCAAUCUUCAGGUGCGUGAUCUUUCACUUUUACAGGUCAGAGUCCCUGGUUGUUUAAGAGGAUUUUUAUGUUGUUGCUCAUCUUCCAAUGAUGAAGAACUUGAUCUUGAAGCUACACGUAAUGGACAGAGCACUAGAGAACCAGUAUCUACAGUCAGUUUCGUUGGUAGUAACGGAUUAAUGCUUAUUAAUCAUGGCUUUGAUCCAGAGGAAACAAAUGCAGAAUCUGAUUCUUCUUCUUGUUGUUGUUGUUCUUCUUCUUCCAAAUCCUCGUCUAGUUCAAGCUCACAUAGUGGUAAACUCGAAUUUCCUCAAAAUGGAGAAUUAUCUUUUGAACCAGAAACCAGUACAUUUAGAGGAUUUACAUUAACCAUGACAGUUCGUCCACCAUCACCACCCGUAGAAACUGACCCCGAAGACGACAACAGUGAUGAUUCGUAA